UGCUGGAGGAACAGCAGCAGCAGCAGCAGCAGCUUACAUUCAUUCCAACCACUCCAACAACUCCAACAACUACUAAACUACUACAUCUACAGCAACAUCAACCACUACAGCAGCUUCAUCUACAAGAUCUACAUCUGACAACUACAGCUUCAGCUUUACCUACAGCUACAGAGGUUCUGCUUCACUGAGGUGUGUGUGAGACGAUGGCGGUGCUGUCCGGCUGUCUGCUGGUCGUGGUGGGUGUGUUGGGGGUGAUGUCGGACCCCCCGGCCCCCCGGAUCCAGCUGCGUCUGGCCGGGGAUAAGCGUAAACACUAUGAGGGCCGGGUGGAGGUGCUGUAUAAUAACGAGUGGGGAACGGUGUGCGACGACGACUUCGACAUGUCCGCUGCCCACGUGGUCUGCAGGGAGCUCGGGUACCUGGGAGCCGUGUCCUGGUCUCCCUCUGCCAAAUUCGGAAAAGGAGAAGGGCGGAUAUGGCUGGAUAACGUCCACUGCACGGGCAGGGAGACGUCUCUAGCUGACUGUCCGUCAAACGGCUUGGGCGUGUCCGACUGCAGACACUCUGAGGAUGUGGGUGUGGUCUGCACCCAGAAACGAAUCCCGGGCUUCCAGUUCAUCAGCAGCACCAGCAACGACGUGGAGACUCUGGACGUUCGGGUGGAGGAUGUUCGUAUCCGGGCGACGUAUUCCCAGCGUAAACGUGUUCCCAUCACAGAGGGCUUUGUGGAGCUGAAGGAUGGUGGGAAAUGGAGGCAGAUUUGUGACGAGGAUUGGAACAUGAUGAACAGCAGGGUUGUGUGCGGGAUGUACGGCUUUCCUGGAGUCAAGGGCUUCAACACCAGAGCCUACAAGCUGCUGUCCCAGCGCAGGAAGAAGAACUACUGGGGGUACUCGGUGAACUGCACGGGGAACGAGGCGCACCUGUCCUCCUGCAGGAUGGGGAAGGCAGUGAAGCUGGUGGGGAACAGCACCUGUGUGAAGGGGAUGCCCGUGGUGGUCAGCUGUGUCCCGGGACGAGCUUUCGCCCCCACACACUCCGCCGGCUUCAGGAAGGCUUACAGACCUGAGCAACCCCUGGUGCGUCUGCGGGGCGGGGCUAACGUGGGAGAGGGGCGGGUGGAGGUGCUGAAGAACGGCGUGUGGGGGACGGUGUGUGAUGAUAACUGGGACCUGAGGGCCGCUACAGUGGUGUGCAGAGAACUGGGCUUCGGCUCGGCCAAGGAGGCGCUGACCGGAGCUCGAAUGGGCCAGGGAAUGGGUUUGGUGCAUAUGAACGAGGUGGAGUGUUCCGGGUUCGAGAAGUCGGUGACGGAGUGCUUCUUUAACAAAGAGGCUCUGGGCUGCAGUCACGAGGAGGACGCGGCGGUCCGCUGCAACGUUCCGGCCAUGGGCUUCCAUAACCGGCUGCGUCUGGCUGGGGGCCGGAACCCGUACGAGGGCCGGGUGGAGGUUCUGAACGAGAGGAACGGGUCUCUGGUCUGGGGGACGGUGUGCAGCGAGAGCUGGGGGAUAAUGGAGGCCAUGGUGGUCUGCAGACAGCUGGGACUGGGAUUCGCCAGCCAUUCCUUCCAGGAGACGUGGUACUGGCCCGGUGAUGUCAGUGCGGACGGGGUGGUGAUGAGCGGGGUCCGGUGUUCUGGUACUGAGAUGAGUCUGUCUCAGUGUCUCCAUCACGGUAAACACGUCAGCUGCCCUAAAGGAGGCGGACGCUUCGCUGCGGGGGUCUCCUGCUCUCACACUGCUCCGGACCUGGUGCUGAACGCAGAGGUGGUUGAACACACCACCUACCUGGAGGACCGCCCCAUGUACGCGCUGCAGUGCGCCCAUGAGGAGAACUGCCUGUCCAGCACGGCCAACGCCGCCGACCACGCCUCCUACCGACGCCUUCUCCGCUUCUCCUCCCAGAUCCACAACAACGGCCAGUCUGACUUCAGACCCCGAGCCGGACAGAACUCCUGGAUCUGGCACGAGUGCCACAGGCACUACCACAGUAUGGAGGUGUUCACUCACUACGAUCUUCUGAGUCUGAACGGCACUAAAGUGGCUGAAGGUCACAAGGCCAGCUUCUGCCUGGAGGAUACGGAGUGUGAUGAAGGUAUCCAGAAGAGAUACGCCUGUGCGAACUUCGGUCAGCAGGGAAUCACUGUGGGCUGCUGGGACACUUACAGACAUGACAUCGACUGCCAGUGGAUCGACAUCACCGACAUUAAACCAGGAAAUUAUAUCUUCCAGGUCGUUAUUAACCCCAAUUAUGAAGUAGCAGAGUCUGAUUACACCAACAACAUCAUGAGGUGUAAAUGCCGCUACGAUGGACAUCGGAUAUGGACGUAUAACUGUCAUAUAGGUGGUUCUCGGAGCUCAGAUAUGGAUGAGUUUACAGGAAUACUGACCAAUCAGCUGCAGCGCAGGUAGAGCGGACGCACGAGUUAUACCAAGACCAACCACUAUGGGGGAGUGUUAGCCAUGCUGCAGUGAACGACUCGUACCUCGCACCAAUCCCAGAACUGUCUACAGUCUACGAUCCAUCGCUGGAGCUGGAACUGAGGAGCUCAUCCUCUACGUCUUUUACAUCAUGAGAAAACCUCUUAACUACGUUUUUUUACACAAGUUCCAUUAGGGGUAAAUUUAUGCUUCUGCGUCAGACCUGCAGUAGCCUACAGGUAGCUGUGUACUCUGCACCAUAGCCUAAUGUACACCUUUCCAACACUGUGAUUGGUCCACUUAAGCAUUGUGUGAAAGUCAACCCAACUGGCAUAGAAAAUGCAUUACCAACUAGGCCUGUCACGAUAAUUACAAUAUCGAUAUAUCGUAUUAUAUAUCGACACAACCUCAAUUAUUUUACUUUGCGAGCAGAAUCAAAUUAACCAAUUAACAUGAAUAAACCUCUAUUUUGACUUUUUAACAGUGAUUUUAUUCUCUUCAUGGUUUAUUUUUAGUAUAAUCGUUAAUGGUUAAAAAAUCAUUGCACUUUAAAAGUAAUACCAAUCUAAAUGCAUUAUACCAAAGCACAGUUACAAUAUGAUUAUAUCAUUAUACCAUAAAAUGAUCUUAAAAUGACAAUAAUAUUGUCUAUCGCAAAAAAUUUGUAAACUAUAUUUUGUGCAAAAAAGUUUUUAGCAUUUUAUCAUGACAGGCAUAUCGCCACCUAGUGUUUCGGAGGUGUAAUUGCAAGUGUAAUGCUCACAGUGGUGUGGGAGGCUCGCACAGAAUACUACGAAGACUCUUCGUAGAUUUGAUGUAGAAGCAUAAACUGGCCUUAAGAGAUGUUACCUUUAUAUGGUAAUUAGGGUUGUUGUGGUAUACUGGUCUUAGAUACAGUGAUCAAGCAUAACAUUAUGACCACCUCCUUGUUUCUACACCCAUUAUACAUUUUUUUUAUUUUUUCAGAUCCACUGCCGAAAAAAGAACAAGAGUUCUUUAGGUUUCGUUCCCACAGCAGUGCUGCUGGAGUUUUUAAACACUGUGUUUACUUACUCACUGUCCUCCACUCUAUUACACACUCCUACCUACAGCUGAAACACCUUCUAGAUAAAGUAAAGUCAGAGACAGAAGCUCUGAAUCUGUUGCUGCACAGUUUACAGUGUUGAUCAUCCUCUAGUUCAUCAGUGGUUAAAAAAAGCUGCCCACAUGAUAGAGCCUAUUGUGCACUAUUGUUGCACUAUUCUCAGUGCUGCAGUGACACUGAGGUGUUUAAAAACUCCAGCAGCACUGCUGUUCCUGAUCCACUCAUACUACAUAAUAAUUAUAAUAGUAUUAUGAAAUAAUAAAAAUAAAGUAUGCAGAGAAACAGAAGUAGAACUACAGACUGUAAUUAUUAUAAGACUACAGAGUGAACUAUAUGAUCAGUGGAGCUGAAAAUUAAUGUAUAAUGGAUGAAGAAAAUGCCCUGUUAUUUUUUCUGUAACAAUAAUAAUAACUAGAAAAGGCAAAGUUCGUGAACGAACUUUAAGU